CAGUGCCAGCUCCAUUUGCAAGCUCUGUCCCUCUCUUCCUUCCUUCAAGUCUUGUGCUUUUCACAUACCCAUUUCCUCAUUUGCCCCACUUUCUCUUCCUCUUCCUCUUUCACCAAAUGGGUCAUCUCCAUCUCCUUCCAUUUCUGCCAUAACCAACUUUUUCUUCUUUGCUUUGCUUUGGUUCUUGGGUUUUCUGUGUUUCACGACCAUACCAAGUAAGUACGAGGAUGUUUUCUAGGUUGAUUAGUCCUCAUGAAGGAGCUAUGGUGCAGGAAGACAUGCAGGGUGGUGUGAACCACACUCACCUGGGAGACCCGUGUCUUGUUCUGACUUCUGAUCCGAAACCUCGCCUUCGUUGGACUACUGACCUUCAUGAACGGUUUGUUGAUGCUGUCACUCAGCUUGGGGGUCCCAGUAAAGCCACACCAAAAGCAAUUAUGAGGACAAUGAAUGUCAAGGGCUUGACACUCUAUCACUUAAAGAGUCAUCUUCAGAAGUACAGGCUUGGUAAGCAAUCAGGAAAAGAUUCUGACGACGGAGGCAAAGAUGCUUCAUAUCCUCUGGAAAGCCCUGGAACUGAUAACUCAUCUCCAAUGUUACCAGCUUCUGAUGCAAACGAGGGUCAUGAAGUCAAGGAGGCAUUAAGGGCACAAAUGGAAGUGCAAAGUAAACUACAUUUGCUUGUGGAGGCUGAGAAGCACUUACAAAUUCGCCAGGAUGCAGAACAGAGAUAUAUGGCUAUGGUUGAGAGAGCGUGUAAAAUGUUGGCUGAUCAAUUUAUCGGCAAUACAAUUUUAGACAGUGACAGCCAGAAACUUCAAGGACUGGAAAAUCGAGCACCAACUAGUUCCUUAGUUGACUCCCUCGGCUUUUGCUCCCUACCGGGUUCCAUGGUAGGUGGAAUGCAUGUUUCAGAAGUGCCGCAUAUCCUUCAGCCUCAGGGAGUUGACUAUUCUACUGAAAGUUGCCUAACAUCACUCGAGAGUCUUAGAGGGUUGGCGCUAGAAGGGUCCCCUGGUGGAACGAAGAAGAGAAUGCUGAGCUUGGACUCUAUGGUAGUGCCUUUGAUCUGGAGUGAAACCAACAUGAGAACUCAGGGGUUCCAUUUAGCCCAAGUCAAUCCUCAAGGAAUAACUAGGUAUGGCAUGUAGGUAGGAGUACAUUAUUCUCCAUUCUUAGUUUGUAGGAUUAAGUACUGAGAUUAUUAUCUGUUCUUGUCUAAGAUGUUAGUGGGAACAGAGCUGGAAUCAACUUGUCUAAUUCUGUAAAUGUAAAAUACUACUUGGCUUAACUUAGAGCAUUAUAAAAAGUUGGUGUUGACACA